AUACACAUCAUUUAUAAUAUAGUAAUUGCGGUGACUUUACAAAACAUUAUGGUAAGAACUAUGUAGGUCCCUUCAUAUAUUAUUGUUGGCUACAAUUUGAAAUAGAUUUGGGGUUACAUAAGUUUUUAAUGCAAUAAUAAACAUCAUUUCUAAUUUUGUAUUAUAAGAUAUAGAAAAUGGAUGUUUGUCCACUUAAAUAUCUGAACAUUUUUAUAUUUAAAAAAGAACUGUCAAUAUAAUUGUGUACAAUGAUAGAAAAUAAACUCAAAAUGAAAUCACUUAAACUGACUACCCAUGUAACAUGUAAAUGAAGCGCUCCAAACACAAAAUGUAAACAAAUUUAUGUCCAAUAAAUUUAAUUAUCAACAUUAUUAUCAGCAAGUGAUAGCGUUGUGUGGCCACUUAUCACAUACCACACACUCAUGUAUGCUCACAUCAUUAUAAAUAAGUGCUCUCUGUUAUGCAAGUGUUGCUGAUGGAAGUGCCGCAAGACAUAUCGCAGUUAGAGGCGCCGGUGUUCACGACGCUCCAGCGCGGUCCUCCAGAGCCCAUGCUGCGACUCGACUGGAGCCACAGAGCCACGCUCAUCGGAGAGAAAGUGCUCAACCCUAUGAUAUAUUGCUGUGAUACAUGUUCCAAGCCUAUACUUAUAUAUGGAAGAAUGAUACCAUGCAAACAUGUGUUCUGUUUGUCCUGUGCUAGAGCAGAUCACACCCAUUGUCCCAGGUGUAGAGAAAAGGUGCUGCGAGUGGAACAAACAGGUUUAGGCACAGUGUUCAUGUGUACCCACUCAGGCACGCGCUACGGGAACUCAGGCUGUAGAAGAACUUACCUGUCACAGAGAGAUCUGCAAGCUCACAUAAACCACAGACAUGUUUCGUCAGGCAAUAGUGAGAGCAAGCAAGAUGUUGAGCCGCCUUCAAGUUCGGUUGCUGUUGUUAAACCUUUGACUAUGUCGGCUUCGUCGAGCGACCCGCGCGGGCACGGGCUAGCGCACGGCGCGCACGCACCGCACGCGCCGCACGCCGCGCACCCCGCGCCCGCCGGCGAGCGCGCCCGCACCGCGCGCUCCAACCUCAUCACCGUGCCCAUACAGGACCAACCCGACGCGCACAACUACUACAAUUACUACCCUGCUACGGCGGGUGUGGGCGCGCCGGUGUCGUCGUCUGUAGGCAGCGUGCCGGGCGUGAGCGGUGUCGGCGUGCUGCCGUUGUCCGUAGCCGCACCCGGGUACUACGCGCCCGCGCCCGUGUACUCUGCACCACCGCCCAACUAUCACCAUCAACCGGGUACCAGUAUGACAAGCACGGUAUCAGGAGGUCCGAUUCCUUCGCCGCUGGGGCUGGGCUCGGGCACGCUGGGCGAGGGCGCGCGCUCGUGGCCGGAGUCGUACCCAGCACACAGCGCGGCCGUGCAGUGGCCGCCGCCGCCGCCACAGUCGCAGCACCACUACUACAGGUAGCCCCACCGCUACUACAGGUAGCCACGACGCUACCGUAGGUAGUCACCGGCAGACUUACCGCUACACCUACGACGGCCAAUUACUUGGGAACUCUUUAAAUCUAAAUACUGUGUCAGUAUGUGCCGGCCCGUACGUAGUGCAGAAAAUGCUUUUAUAUCGCAGUUUAUGUUGUGCAGACGAAAACAGACACUAAAUACCAAAAAAGUAUUUUAUGUAAAAUUUACUUUUAUCCUUAUUAUUAUUGCCAAAACAGGAAAUCGUUCUUCGAAUGUUUAAUUAAUGUGAAAAUAUUAUAUUCGUAGUGGAUUCAAUGAUAUAACUUCACGAAAUAUUUUUAUACAUUACCUACUUUACAGCAAAUAUUUAAAACAAUAAAUCUUUAUAAAAUAAAUGCAGGUUGAAAAUUGGUUGAAACAUGAAGUAAAAAAUGAAUCUCAAAUACCUAUGGUAUCACUAGUGGGCGCAAAGGUUAAAAAAACGGUCGCGUCGUAAUGGCAUGGCGGAUAUUUCAAUUCGUAGGCAAUUCAUUUUCUCAUGUCACCUGACACUCUUCUCUUCUUCCACAAAAUUUUAUUCUUGCGACACACUAAGCGUAUUUUUACAAUUCUUCUAUUUUAUAUGUUUGGUUUAAAAUAACUCCAUAAUAUCAUAUCUAAGGUUGGAAGAAUAAUAGAUUUAAGCGACAUGUUUCUUCGAAAAAUUAGGCUUGGUUUAAAAAUCGGAGAAAAAUUACCUCAUUUCAAAUAUACAUAAAACUCAAUGUCGCUCAAGUCUAUUAGGCCGCUAACCGUCGAUAUUACAUCAGUUACAUUACGUCAAAACGACCCUGUAUAGUAUGUUAGAGAGGAAAACUAUAUUUCUGGUACAAGGAGUCAAUUGUUUCAACCCCAAGUCGCAGUUCACUUGCGUCACUUCCAAUUUUGAUACUGUAAGAUAUAUUAUAUACAUUACAAUUUACUUUUAGGUUAUACAUUGUUAGGCUGGUGUUACAUUGGUUAGUUUUACUUACAUAAAUAUUUUGCGUGAGUAACAUGUAAUUUAAUUAAAACUUUAAAAUGUUACUAUAAAUUUUAUGUAGCACAAAAAACCCCGAUAUACUGACAUGUUUGUUAGGUAAAUAGUACUUGACGUGAGUGACUUAUGUAAGUAAAACUUACAAAUGUUACUAUCCCUCUAUACAUAACACCAAAAAACCCAGUUACCAUGAGACAUGAGCCACAACAUUUAGCUUUAUUUGUUAUUAUCAUCACUAUAACAGACGAAUCAUUAUGGCCAUUAGUUGUACUUAAGCUGUGUAACUAGUGUUUAUAAAAUUAUUACAUUCUUUGAUUAUAAUUCAUAUACUCUAUAAAGUGAUUGUUCCUUAUGUCAUGAAAUUACCCCGAACCUUAGAUGUGUUAUUAAAAUUCGCACCUUUGGAUAUAUUUCACUAUUAUAAGCGUACAUGCGGUUAUAUUGGCGUAUCUUCAUUGCAUAGAAAAAUAUUUCUUAGAACUUUUAUAUUUGAUAGAUUUGGGUAAAAUUGGAGUGAAAGCAUUUUCUGCCAUGUAGUGUAGUGGUUACUGACAGUGGAAAAAGAAUGAAAGGCCUUGUGUUACAAUAAUAAGAGAUAAAUCGAAUAUAGUAUUGCAAAUGACAAGUGAUUUGAAUUUUAUAUUUAUUGUUAAACUCCGUCUUUUUGCGCAUACUUAAUUAUUUUUGUAUAGUUACAUUGUCUACUACUCCUUCUGUAAACAGUGCAAUUCUUACAUUGUGGUUUUACGAUUACCUCUUUUUACUUAAUGUCGGUCGUAUGUUUUUUAUAAAUUAUGAGUGAAGGCUGAUUUUUUGUCCGAAUUUCCGACUUUUCUAGUUGAUAAGCGACUCCAUUAUUAUGUUGUAAAUAUUUAGUACAGAUAACGUAUUGUGGCCGCGAGGCGACAUGUUAUAGAUAGUUUCCAACAUUAUAUUCUCAUAUAUUUUGUGAAAUAUUACUAUAAAUAUAGGUUUUCUUUUACUAAAUAGAAUAUAAAUAAAUGUUUUUUCCUUAAAUAUAUGUUUAUAAAUAUACAUAUAAAAAUAUCUGGCAGCAAUAAUUGUUGUUUUUUAACAUGAUCAUGUUGGUCAUGAAAAAUAAAUAUCUCCAGAUCAAGAUUGUUUAUUAUUUAUUUAUAACUAUAAUCAAUAUCAUUUAUAUUUACAAUAUCUCACAUCACUCACACAUUUCAACUAGAUACAAUCAACAAAUGCAUUAAAAUUUGCAAAAAAUAUUUCCCUUUUUGUAAUACAUACACCAUACAUUCAACUAUAAACAUACUGUAAAGAUAUUGGAUUUAUUUAAACAAAAAUAAAUACUAUUCCUGUAUACAUUCACAGUGCCACUGCAGAAAUUCUGUAGUUUCACAAACAUUGGUUAUGUAUUUUGUUAACUUAUUAUACUAAGGUUUUAUGCUAUCGUGGGAAAUAAACACAGUAUAAAAACAACACAGUACUAAAUCAUGUUGUUGACGAAAAUGGACAUUGCGCAGGCGCCUGUAAACAAUUGAAAAUCACCCUGCAGCGUAACACGAUCGCUUCCUCUACAAUGUUUCAAUGACAUAAAUACUGUGUACAUUUUUAUACUAUAUUAUAAGAUAAUGUUUAAGCUCAAACAGCCAUAUCAGGUUUAGGCAGUGAGGAGACUGACUGCUGUUGUGAAAUAAUAAUAAAUUUAAGAUAUUAGAGUUGACCAUCACUAUGGAAUACGAUUUGUUGUUGAAUAGCAUUGCCUAUUAUCCUGGCAUGCAUUUCCUGGGAGAAUACUGCCAAGACAUUGCUUGAUUUUAUGGCUUUCUGGGCUUUUUAGGUCUGUGGUGUUUGCACUUAGCCAAACCCUACCAGGCUGUUGUUAGACAUGAAAAGUAUUUUCUGCUUAGCCACCACAUAUUCCGACAAUCCACUAAACCUAAACAUUAUUAAUCACCUUAAGAAAUGUUUGUAGUAAACGGUUUUAUAUUAAUAAAAUGUCAUAGAUUAAAUAUAAUACAAGGAAGUGUUAUCAAUAAAUCAGAAAAUGGAACAAAGUGUUAACAAUGAAAACCCAUUAUUCAUUACAUAAAUAUUUUUUGAACCCAAAUGAUAAACAUUGAUAGAUAUUUAAUGUCUGAAAUCGCUACAUUUUCAAAAAAAAAUGUUAAUGCAUGAAUGGUCUUUAGAAUAGAAAUAGUCAAAGAGGCUUUAACUCUUCUAUCUAACUUUAAUCUGGUCUUUAAAGAGAAUAUUGCAGAUAGGACACCUUGGUAUUUACAAUUCAAUCAGAAACAAAUGUAAAUAAGUACUGCAUUUCUACUGGAGAUGAGAUGUUUUAUUACAAUGAUAUUAUUUGAAUAUUCCAGCUCAUCUCAUCUCCGCACUCACUCUGUUCAGUUUCAGUGGAAAUGCGUCCUUAAAAAUCCAGUAUAUUACCAGUCAUACGAACAUAGUAUACAUAAAAUUAACAUGUUAGGUACAAGUUUAGGAAAAACUAUUUAAGAACAAAAGAAUUAAAUAGGAAAUUGAUUCAAA